AUUCUGGGAUUCCUUCUUUUCCGUGGGAGUAAGGAAGUGCUUUUGAAUGAGGUACUGAGGGCCAAGGUUGGAAGUUCUUAAUUCUUUCCUCGGUUAACUGUGAAACUCUGCGUAUUGGGAAGGCCUGGCCUCAGUCAUCAGGCCAGGAGAGGUAUUGGACGCCGCGCACGCACUCCUCUGCCAGCGAGGCCCAAAGGGGAAGCCUAGCGGAGCUCAGUGUGGCAGCUGCUGGCCUCUGGGCCGCUACUUGUCAUACCAUGCUUUCCUGUGAUAUUUGUGGUGAAACAGUAACCUCAGAACCAGACAUGAAAGCUCACCUAAUUGUUCACAUGGAAAGUGAAAUUAUAUGUCCAUUUUGCAAGUUGUCAGGUGUGAAUUAUGAUGAAAUGUGUUUUCAUAUCGAAACAGCUCAUUUUGAGCAGAAUACACUUGAAAGAAACUUUGAGAGGAUAAAUACAGUACAAUAUGGCACUUCAGAUAACAAGAAAGACAACACCCUACAGUGUGGAAUGGAAGUUAAUUCAAGUAUUCUUUCAGGUUGUGCAUCUAAUCAUCCAAAAAAUUCAGCUCAAAACCUGACUAAAGAUAGUACUUUAAAACAUGAAGGCUUCUAUUCAGAGAACUUAAGUGAAUCUAGAAAAUUCCUGAAAAGUAGGGAAAAACAGUCCGGCCUGACCGAAGUAAAAGGAUCUAUUUAUGAAACAACAUACAGUCCUCCCGAAUGUCCCUUCUGUGGAAAAAUAGAGGAGCACAGUGAAGAUAUGGAAACUCAUGUGAAAACAAAGCAUGCCAAUCUUUUAGACAUUCCAUUGGAAGACUGUGAUCAACCACUCUAUGAUUGUCCUAUGUGUGGGCUCAUAUGUACAAAUUACCAUAUUCUUCAGGAACAUGUUGACUUGCAUUUGGAAGAAAACAGCUUUCAGCAAGGCAUGGAUAGAGUCCAGUGUUCUGGUGAUCUACAAUUGGCUCACCAGCUUCAGCAAGAAGAAGACAGAAAGAGGAGAUCUGAAGAAUCAAGACAAGAAAUAGAAGAAUUUCAGAAGCUGCAGAGACAAUAUGGUUUAGAUAAUUCUGGAGGAUACAAACAACAACAACUACAAAAUAUGGAGAUAGAAGUAAAUAGGGGAAGAAUGCCUCCAUCUGAAUUUCAUAGGAGAAAAGCUGAUAUGAUGGAAUCAUUAGCUCUUGGUAUUGAUGAUGGAAAAACAAAAACUUCCGGAAUUAUUGAAGCACUUCAUAGGUAUUAUCAGAAUGCUGCCACAGAUGUGAGGCGGGUGUGGCUUUCUUCAGUGGUGGAUCACUUUCAUUCAUCUUUAGGCGACAAAGGUUGGGGUUGUGGUUACAGAAAUUUCCAAAUGCUACUUUCAUCAUUAUUACAAAAUGAUGCUUAUGAUGAUUGCUUAAAAGGUAUGUCGAUUCCUUGCAUUCCAAAAAUUCAAUCUAUGAUUGAAGAUGCAUGGAAGGAAGGUUUUGAUCCUCAGGGGGCCUCUCAACUUAAUAACAGGUUACAGGGAACAAAGGCCUGGAUUGGAGCAUGUGAAGUAUAUAUACUCCUGACCUCCCUCAGGGUAAAGUGUCAUAUUGUUGAUUUUCACAAAUCAACUGGUCCUUUGGGUACACACCCUCGCUUAUUCGAAUGGAUAUUGAACUAUUAUUCAGAGGGGGAAGGGAAUCCAAAGGUAGUGUGUACAUCUAAACCUCCUAUCUAUCUUCAGCAUCAAGGUCACAGUCGAACUGUUAUUGGAAUUGAAGAGAAAAAAAACCGAACAUUAUGCUUACUAAUAUUUGAUCCUGGAUGUCCUUCUCGAGAAAUGCAGAAAUUAUUAAGGCAAGACAUAGAGGCUAGCAGUCUCAAGCAACUUCGGAAAUCUGUGGGAAAUUUAAAACAUAAGCAAUACCAGAUAUUGGCAGUAGAGGGUGCUCUUUCUCCAGAGGAGAAAGUUGAUCUCACUCUGUUGACCAGGCCUGAGUGCAGUGGCAUACGAUCAUGAGUCACUACAGCCUUGACCUCCCAGGCUCAAGUGAUCCUCCUAUCUCAGCCUCCCGAGUAGCUGGGACUACAGGCACAUGCCACCACACCUGGCUAAUUUUUGUAUUUUUUGUAGAGACAGGGUUUCACCAUGGUGCCUAGGCUGGUCUCAAACUCCUAGGCUCAAGCGAUCUGCCCACCUCAGCCUCCCAAAGUGUUGGGAUUACAGGCGUGUGCCACCACGCCCAGCUAAUUUUGUAUAUUUAGUAGAGAUGGGGUUUCACCACGUUAGCCAGGCUGAUGUUGAACUCCCAACUUUGUAUUCCUUAGCACCUUAUUCUGUUUCAUUAAGUUGGAAAAGCCAUUUGGUUUUAUAUGUUUUUAAUUUCUGGAAUGAACAUAUUUAUAUUUGAAAUGGUACUUUAAUGACUUUUUAUACUUAGAGCUUCAUAAAACUGUUUAAUUUUGUAAUGUUUAAUUUUUAAUGUCAGGUGAGCAAUGAAUAAUGGAAACAUAUAGUAAGAAAACCUAACUUAAUCCAAGGAGACCUAACUCAUAUUGGUCUUAUAAUUAUGGUUUAUUAAAAUAUGAUUCUUGUGACUCCUAAGGCUCUAUUUUAUGCACUUGGGCUUAUUGGAUAUUCACAUUUCUAGAAUUUAACUUCAUUAGACUUUCCUCUUAUCUUUAUUCCUUGCAGUUAAGUGAUGAGCACAAUAUUACAGAAAAAUUCCUAGGAAUUGAAUCCUAGCUACUACACCAUCAGGGAGGGACGUAAUAUUAUAGAAAAAUUCCUAGGAAUUGAAAAAUUUCCACUUGGUGUGAACUGAAGCUAUAUGAUAGCACAUCAAGUCUAGAAAAUGUGUAAGCCCUAAAUUAAAAAGCUCCAAAAACUUCACAUUGAUUUAUUUCCCUCUAAAGAGAAAAGAGACUGAAGGCUAGAGACAAACAGUUAUGGAGAAUAAUGGGAUCAUGGGGGAAAGGACUGUAAGUUUUUGAAAUAAUAGAGCUAGAGUAAUCUUUUCAGCCUCAUAACAUGGGAUAUAAAGGCAAGGAUUUUUUUUUUUUUUUUUUUUUUUGGGAGACCGAUUCUCACUCUGUCACCCAGGCUGGAGUGCAGUGGCUUGACCCCAGCCCACUGCAACCUCUGCCUCCCUCCCCAGUUCAAGUGAUUCUCCUGCCUCAGUCUCCCAAGUAGCUGGGAUUACAGGCAUGUGCCACCACGCCCAGCUAAUUUUGUGUAUUUAGUACAGAUGGGGUUUCACCAUGUUAGCCAGGCUGAUGUUGAACUCCCAACUUCUGGUGAUCCACCCACCUUGGCCUCCCAAAGUGCUGGGAUUACAGGCAUGAGCCACCGUGCCCAGCCACAUUAAUUUUUUUAACCCUAUCAUUAAUUUGUCUAGAUAAAGUUAGGU